AUGAGACCCCCGCCACCGCCAAGAAGAUCACUGGAGCUAUCAGCGGCAUCCCAAGAAGCUGAAUUUGGCCUCGUCCACCUCUCUCCGUCGCUCUCCUCCCCUCCCCCCAACAGACAAACGACAUGCGUUUCGCACACCUGCCGCUGGUGGCCCUACUCUGGCUCCAAAGAGUUCGAGGCCAACGCCGCCAUGGUCAUAAUCAUCCUCCUCUCUGCCCUCAUUUGUGCUUUGGGCCUCAACGCCGCCAUCCGCUGCUUCCUCCGCGGCGGCGGGAGCGACGACAACAACAGCCCACGAGACAACGACGAUAACAGUCAUCUUCCGCAGACCCAGCAAGAAUUGGUUCAAGCUCAGCAGAAGAGCAAUGUGGCGGGAGUUUCGUGCCUGGAGGGGGCGCCGGAGCUGUUCUACUCGGCGGAGAUGAAGGCGAGGCUGGCGGGGGCGGAGGCGGAGUGCGCCAUUUGCUUGUCGGAGUUUGUGGAAGGGGAAGGGAUCAGAGUGCUGGGGAGGUGCAAACAUGGCUUCCAUACUCACUGCAUACAGGAGUGGCUGUCUUCUCACUCCUCUUGUCCCACGUGCCGCCGCACGUGCCUUCCUCCGUCGCCGCCUACAUCGCCACCACAACCCACCACGGAAAAUAGUUCCCAGCAAAUUCCCGCGCCGGAAAGCGGUCCAUAG